UCCCAAGUGCUAAAAACUCCCUUUUCUUAGUACGGUUGCUGCCAAUAUGGUGAAUCGUGGGCGCUCAGGAGGCUGUGUCACUUGCAGAGAACGACGCGUCAAAUGUGACGAGACAAGACCGAAAUGCCAGGCGUGUCAGCGGCUCCAGCUCCAAUGUGGAGGCUACCAGACGAAAUAUGCCAGUCUCAAAUUCAAAGACCAGAAUCAUAAGUUUGGCACCAAGGGCGUUAUAGUCCGAGGCGCCACCCAGCCGAACCGAGCCUGUAACCUGCGACCGCUAAGUGAACCCGACACAGCCGUGCCAUUUUACCUUCACCAUUACGCCCGAAUGGGCCGAACCAUGAGCUCCGCGCGUGGGUUCUACGAGGUGCUCAUUCCAAUCUACUGCUCGCAGCGGCAAGAGUCCGCACUAUCAUUAGCUGUCUCAGCGGUUGCGUCACAAGUCCUGUCUCUUUGGCGACAUGACCACUCUUCUCAGCCGCAGGAGGCUUACACCCGGGCCGUCAAGUGUCUUCGGCGGACAAUCCAGGACCGCCGGGAAUGGGGCAACCCCGCAACAAUUCUAGCGGUUUUAUCCCUGCAGCUAUUUGAGACGAUCGACGCAAUCUAUAGCCUUCGCCCAUCGACGCACGUCCACCACAACGGGGCAGUGUCUUUCCUUCCAUUCACCAAUGCAGGCGAUGAUCAUGACAGUGCAAGUGCAUAUGUUCGGCAAUUUAUUCUUCAUACAGAAAUUUGCUCGGCAAUACGCCAAGGGAGGCAGUUGCAAGCAACUGUAUCUUCAUGCAUAGACAACGGCCUGCUCACUCUCCCAGAUAACCCUAGUGCUGCACUUGAUGGGAUCGGAGUGUCCGUUAUUAGGCUACAGGCGCAUUUGAAGCAAGAAUUACAGAGCGGUCAUAUUAUGUUGUCAACAGAGGCUCUGAGCGAAUGCAUUGCCAAGACAAGACACGUCGAGCAGAAAUUGCUGACUUGGGCAAACUGCGUGCCCGAGUAUUGGCGGCCACGGAGACUUAGCGAUGGAGGAAACAUGGAUCCAUCCAUUCCGGCUUAUCAAUCCACGUGCGAGAUCUACCCAUCUUGUCAAAUCGCCACGAUCUGGAACUUGUGGUGCAUUCAACGUAUCCUGAUUGUCAAGAUGAAAAUUAGUUUGCUCCAUGCUCAAUGUGAGAGCGAGUGCAAUGACAUGUUGUCGACCCUUGAGGUGGCCGAGCUUCUGCACAUUUUCCGGGAGAUGGUCGACGGGGUGUGUUAUACUGUGCCCUUCUAUCUCGGCAAUCUUAGCAAGCCAUUAAGCAUUGCCGACUUCGCCGAUCCCACCAUUUUGCUUCCAAGCGCACACUUUCCGGAUCGCAACGGAGAAUACCAACCCCAGGCGGCGCUGGACGAGCACCAGCGCCACAUCAUCGCCCAAGGGCCAUGGCACAUUAUGAGUCCACUCAGCCGGCUGUUGACAUUCGCCUUCGAGGCGGAUGGUCCGCCGAUGAGAACCUUCUUCCGACCGGGGCAGUACGAGUGGAUCCGCGAUCAGUUCCUGCGGGUUACGACGUUGCUUCACAUCCCCCCGGUGGUGGCUAGUGCUCAAUACGGGGUCGGUUCUCCAUCGAAGUUUCUUGAACGGAAGCCUUCAGAUGCAAUGGUUGAAAACCUGGCAACCGGAGUUCGGAAAGGUGCCAUCUUCAUGAGUGGACCAUAGCACCUCUUGUUUCUAACUCGACGAUUUUAUUCCACCUGCUUCCAAAAUUAGAUUAUGACCUUCCAAUUUAUGCGUGCG